UAGGAAUCUCAUGCAGCCCAACUACAGAUUCUUAUGGAAUUCCUCAAGGUUGCAAGAAGAAAUAAGAGAGAGGACAUCCGGUACAAUGAUGAAUAGAAGUGGUGAUAGCGGGGCAUCCUAGUCUUGAUGCUGAUCUCAAAGUGAAAGCAUUCGACGUGUCACCAUUAGCAACUGGAACAGAUCCAGAAGGAGCUAAGUGUUUUGGAAGAGGAUAUUAAGAGAGUGGAAGAAAUGAGUGGCUUAUAUUCUCCUGUCAGUGAGGAUAGCACAGUGCCUCAAUUUGAAGCUCCUUCUCCAUCACACAGUAGUAUUAUCGAUUCCACAGAAUACAGCCAACCUCCAGGUUUCAGUGGCAGUUCCCAGACAAAGAAACAGCCUUGGUAUAAUAGCACAUUAGCGUCAAGACGAAAACGACUUACUGCUCAUUUUGAAGACUUGGAGCAGUGUUACUUUUCUACAAGGAUGUCUCGUAUCUCAGAUGACAGUCGAACUGCAAGCCAGUUGGAUGAAUUUCAGGAAUGCUUGUCCAAGUUUACUCGAUAUAAUUCAGUACGACCUUUAGCCACAUUGUCAUAUGCUAGUGAUCUCUAUAAUGGUUCCAGUAUAGUCUCUAGUAUUGAAUUUGACCGGGAUUGUGACUAUUUUGCGAUUGCUGGGGUUACAAAGAAGAUUAAAGUUUAUGAAUAUGGCACCGUCAUCCAGGAUGCAGUGGAUAUUCAUUACCCUGAAAAUGAAAUGACCUGCAAUUCCAAAAUCAGCUGUAUCAGUUGGAGUAGUUACCAUAAGAACCUGUUAGCUAGCAGUGAUUAUGAAGGCACUGUUAUUUUAUGGGAUGGAUUCACUGGACAGAGGUCAAAGGUCUAUCAGGAGCAUGAGAAGAGGUGUUGGAGUGUUGACUUCAAUUUGAUGGAUCCAAAACUCUUGGCUUCAGGUUCUGAUGAUGCAAAAGUGAAGCUGUGGUCCACCAAUCUAGACAACUCAGUGGCAAGCAUUGAGGCGAAGGCUAACGUGUGCUGUGUUAAAUUCAGCCCCUCUUCCAGAUACCAUUUGGCUUUCGGCUGUGCAGAUCACUGUGUCCACUACUAUGAUCUUCGUAACACUAAACAGCCAAUCAUGGUAUUCAAAGGACACCGAAAAGCAGUCUCUUAUGCAAAGUUUGUGAGUGGUGAGGAAAUUGUCUCUGCCUCAACAGACAGUCAGCUAAAACUGUGGAAUGUAGGGAAACCAUACUGCCUACGUUCCUUCAAGGGUCAUAUCAAUGAAAAAAACUUUGUAGGCUUGGCUUCCAAUGGAGAUUAUAUAGCUUGUGGAAGUGAGAAUAACUCUCUCUACCUGUACUAUAAAGGACUUUCUAAGACUUUGCUAACUUUUAAGUUUGAUACAGUCAAAAGUGUUCUGGACAAAGACCGAAAAGAAGAUGAUACAAAUGAAUUUGUUAGUGCUGUGUGCUGGAGGGCACUACCAGAUGGGGAAUCCAAUGUGCUGAUUGCUGCUAACAGUCAGGGUACAAUUAAGGUGCUAGAAUUGGUAUGAAGGGUUUACUCAAGUCAAAUUGUACUUUAUCCUGCUGAAAUACAUCUGCAGCUGACAAUGAGAGAAGAAACAGAAAAUGUCAUGUGAUGUCUCUCCCCAAAGUCAUGGAUUUUUUAUUUGUUUUGAACAUUUUUUCUUUUUCUCUUUUCCCUCCUUUAUGACCUUUGGGACAUUGGGAAUACCCAGCCAACUCUCCACCAUCAAUGUAACUCCAUGGACAUUGCUGCUCUUGGUGGUGUGAUUAUCUAAUUUUUGUGAUAGGGAAACAAAUUCUUUUGAAUAAAAAUGAAUUUAAAAAACAAUAAAAGUUUACUGAGCCACA